GAGAGGAUUGCAGGGAGCUAGGGAACCGGUGGGAGGAACGCAUGCGCACUACGAACCAGGCCGACUAGGAAGAAUCGGUUUUUCUUCUCGGUCUACCACUGCGCUUGCGCAACAGCAGCAAUGCGGGAGCGGGGCUCCCGAGCUUCAGCCGACCCACCGUCGCGCACGCGCAGUAGCUGGCUUUCACCCCCUCCCUCCCAGCCGGCGGCGCGGCUUGUUAUAUAGGCUGCCUGUCAGCUGACCCUCCCGCAUUGCAGACGGCGCAGCCCGAGAGAAAAGCCGACAUGCAGCGCUCCGCUCUCCUCGUCCUCCUUUGCUCGCUGGCGGCGGGUAAGAAAGCGAGGCCGCGCCCUCGGUCCCGUUAGCAGCUGCAGCUGUUAUUGUUAUUAUUCAGGGAGUGUAAAAGCAGGAAGAGCCGCCCUGGGGUGUUCGUUGCUUUGCUUUGGUUGGGCUCCCAUUUUAAAAAAUAAUGGUGGGCUCUUGGCUUCCCUCAGGAGGAGGAGGAAGGAGGGCGACGAAGGGGGAGAGCAGCACAGAAUCUUCGCUUUACCUCAGAAAACGAAGCGGCGAGGUGCCUGGGAGGGGAGGGUGGCUUCUUUUUUCAUUUCUUUUUUAAAGGGGGGGCUCCGCCUUCUUUCUUGGCCGCCAUUAGAAAGCGCCCCUCUUUGCCCUGCCCUGUCUCUUCUCUCUACAAGGCGACCUCCCCCCCACCUCACCUUGCGUUUCUUUCCGCCACGGCGGGCAAAGGAUUUACUAUUAGACGCGCCCCUACAUGUCCGUUUUGGGGCGGACCUUGAGAAGACGUCCUUUAGAAGACCUGCGUUUUUUAUAUUUCGGAGGCCGUCCAGAUACUAUUAUUGUUUCUGCAAGGCUUAGUAAAAGUGAAACACGCUGUGCAGGAGAAAAGCGCAAGUCGCCGUCGGGUGUGUUUUGAGGGCGGCCUCGGGGACCUGUUGUUUGUUUAUUGCCAGGCUUGGGGCGUAGCCGAGCUUCCGCCUCCCCCCCCCCCGCACCUUAAAUGGGAACUGCCCGCCCUCGCCAUCAUCGCCGCCAACUGAAUUCACGGUUUUUUAACACACUCGUUACCCCCCCCCCCCUUUUUCUGGCCAAACAGCUGGUCAAUGGUUUUGCAGUUGCAUUUCUGCAUAGCUGAGGCUGCUCUGAUCAGGAGGCUGGAGUAGGUGACCCCAUGCCACCCCAAGGUCCCUUCGGACCUCAGAUGACUCCCCCCCCCAAAAAAGGAUCCAUACUAAUCCCAACAGUUUCCCAGCAGCUGCUGUUCAAAUAUCCCUGGAAGGCGAAGGUGUGAAGUUGACAGGUUGUCCUCUCCUACCUGUUCACAACAGCUGGCAUGGAAGGGCACAAUGCUUCUAGACGUGGUAUUUCAUGAUUGGCGCAUCUGUUAACAGCACCUGGCCCUUCCAUAAAGUUGUCUUGUGGCUUCCUCAAAUGCUUCAAGCAUCCUUAUGUUUCUGGCAUUUUAGCCCUGUUUUUAUUACAUAUAUGCAUUCCCUGGGCAUGAAAAUGUCAUAAUGUGCCACUGAAUCAAGCUUGCUCCCAAUAGAUAAAUAAGCUGUGAUUCUUCAGGUGUCUGGCUCUUACUCCUAGUUGUAAAUUCUUAACUCCACUUAUGGUGUUGUCAUUCCAUCAAUUCCUUUACGUUUCAGCUUUGCAGCCUACCCCCACAGGAACCAAAUACUUGCUUUGGUGUGUUGGAAGCUGUUCUAUAGUAUAAGCUGGAUGCAAAAAGCACUGCAUUGAAAUACCUGCAGAAAGGUUUCUUUUGAAGAAUUGCGGUUGAUGGCAGCUGCAGUAUAUGAUGUGGAAAGCAGAGAAUAAAGCCAUUGAACCAAAAUAUAUGCAGAAGAGCAGCAGCUGGAACAGCAUUGUAAAUAAGCCCACGAGCUUUCAGGCCACAAAAAGGUUUAGCCAGUCAUUAUAUAUUGAGAACCUGAAGAAAAGGGGGCAAGAAAUAACCCAAUUCUUAGUUGUAGAAAACGAUCAUGCCAGGAUUUAGCUAGCUACACUUGUCUUUUCAACAAGAGGACUGUAAAUUCUAGAAAAGUAAAAUUGCUACCAUCAAGUAUUUCUGGAAUUUGCUUUGGAUCUUGAGGAUUGUAUCUAAGAGGCAUACUUUGAACAUGGUUUCUCACCGCAAAUGAUACAUAUCUUUCUCAAAGCAUCACAUAAACUUGUGGGUGGAUAAUCCAAAGAAAGCUUUAUCUUUAGGGGCUAAAUUUUGCAACAAUUAAUGUUGCAGCACCAAGUAUGACGAAACACGGGUUGAAUUGAACCCUGAAGCUUUGUAUACUGGUUCUCUAGAUAGACAAGCAGUAAUUUUAAAAGGAAUGGAAAUAAUCAGGUGCAUCAUGCAAAGGAAAUCCUUUCAAAGUUACCUGAGGUGGAAAAACAUAUUUAAUAAGCCAGUUAUUGCUAUCUAGAACACCCUGGCACUGCAGUCAAGUGAAGUUGGAGGGUGAGGAGUCUGCUGACUCUCCCUGUGAUAGGCUUCAUAGACUUUCUGAGUUUGAAGGGACCCCAAGGGUCAUCUAGUUCAGCUCCCUGCAGUAUAGGAAUUAGUCCCAACAUCCUCUUUCCAGGAAGGCCAGGUGCCCCUAGGAUGUUCCUAAGGCACGAGCUGUCCAAUGUCUGACCCCAGCAGUUGGGGUUUAGUGGUAUACUCCCCUUGCACACUGAGCUUCCACAGCUAUCAUGCCUAAACAGUAGCAAUUAAAGCUCCUGUCUGCUGCUUAAGAGGGUGUUCUUGCGAUACUGUCACUUUCUCUGAACUCUGCAAUGAAUGACUUAAGAGCCAUCUGGCUUGUUUAUUUAAGAAUAUUUAUAUCCUGCUUAAUACUGUUAAAAAAAUUGUGUGACGCUGCUUUUACAGAAUUAUUACAAAUAAUUAUGCUCGUUCUUGAAUUACUAUUUGGAUGCUUGUAGAAUGUAGCAAAUGGAAAGGGAGGUGAGUAGCCCAAGCAAAGGCAUCUGAUAUUUUGUGAUAAAUAUAAAGCUAGCCUACUUAGCUAAAAAACAACAACAACAAAAACCCUUUCAAAAUGGAAGUGAUCCCAGCACUUAGGGAGAACUAGUGGAAGUGGUGCUUUCAUCUAGGGUGGAUUAUGUCACAGCAAUUUAAAAACCAUUUAGAUCCUGAUUUAGAAUUGCAAGAGGAAAGGCAGAUCUUAAGCUAAUGAUUUAUGAUAUAAUCCAAGCUUUGUGUAAGUUAGCUCCAUCCUUGUGUAAGUUAGCUCCAUCCAAAAUGCAGGUGUGACUAAAUUUCAUUCCAUAGAAAUUUAGGGAAGGGCAGAAAACAAAGAUUUUAACUCACUUCCUGCCUGCCCCUGCCCAACUAAGAACAGUUGGGAUGCAGUUUAAUUUGUACAGGAAAUACACCAGAAAGCAGAUGUGUUGGUUAAAUACAUCAGAAAGCAGAUGUGUUGCUUAAGAUUGCACUGUUAAAUCAAGUUUCCUAUUGGUUCAUCUUUCCUAAACAAUACUGCAAAUUUAGCCACUAAACGAAACUAGUUUGCACUGUUUGCACUACUGUUUAUAGGAGGCAUUACAACUUUGUCACUCUGCAUAUAUAUUUUUCUAAUAAUAAUAAUUUAUUUAUAUGCUUCCCAUCUGACUGGGUUGCACAAGCCACUCCGGGCAGCUUCCCACAAAUUAAAAACAAAGUAAAGCAUCAAACGUUAAAAACAUCCCUUUAAAAUAUUUGCUAAUACUGUAAGGUCUUUUUUUUAAUCAAUAAUAGUUAUGACUGUGAUGUUUUAAGUAUAGGAAAUACAUGAACAUAAAUUCUUGGAUAACUUCAUUGCUAUGUUUCAUCUCCACCCUCACAAACAAAACGCCCAGAACUUAAUAGGGCUUAGAAGGUCUGAUAAAAAAAACACAACUGCUCUAUUUAGUUCAAUAACAAACUGUUUCAUGGGGUGAAAAUGAAAUGUAUGUACUUCAUAGGUAAAGCCUGAAAAGUGGUCUCAUUGGGUGGAAUUCAAUAUUGCACUAUUAUAAAUGUUCCAUCUGUGCAAGCAUAGAGAGAAUGCCCCCCACCUAUCCUGUGCACUGUUCUGGAGGUUCUCUCAUCCCCCAACUAUUUGGGGGGGGGGGCAAGCCCCAUUGUGCAAGUGGAAGUCAUUGUCCAGGGCUUCUGUUGACCAGGUUCAGUUAAAGGACGUUUUUCAACCUAUUUGAUGCAUUCCUUGAUUAAGUUAAAGAACUUUCAUGCUUUUAUUGAGGUUUAUCAUUAAUCUAACUAUUUGAGAAAUUGGAUAUUUUUUAAAAGUCCAAUUUAAAUCAAAUCUGGGCAGGUCUCUUAUUUUAUUUUAAAUUAAAGGAAUUGAUUUUUAGUCACCCUCCUUUUAUUAAAGUUCUCUGUUGGAUGAUGUGCACCUAGCUUUGGUUGGAUUUAUGUGUAUAGUAUUGCAUAAUUUUAAAUAAACAUUCUUGCUUUUCCAAAGCUUGGUGCCUCAAGCCUUGCCUUUGGAGAUAACUAUCAUUUGUGAAUGAUAGUUUCGAUAAAUCUGGUGACUCCUCACAGCUGCAUCUUGGGCAAAGUAUCAACUAAAUUGGAUCACUUUAGUUUUUCUUUCCUCCUUGCUUUAAGGAAAGAAAAGAGAAAAUGCAUUGUAUUGGUUUGAGGUAUGAAUGCAUUCCACAACAUGCAUGUGAAACAAAACUUGGUAUAUAAAUUGACAUAAUAAUAAAUACACAAUUAUAAUUGUAAUUGAUGAACAACUCAAUGGAGUAAAGGUAAAAUCAGUUUAAACUAUGAAGUCUGAAUUCACUUAAAAGGUCUGCUGUAAUAAGUAUUUAGUAUUAAACUGACUAAGCAUUUGACCUGCUGAUUUCAAAUACAUGGCAAAAAUGCUGCCAAGUAGACAGUGAACUGUCAUCUGCACUGUGAUUCUGAUAUAGUGAAGUCUCUUGGCUAUGCAGAAUUUGAGGUCCACAAGUGCACCAUUUCAUGAGCUCACAAGUAAACUUCUGCCUCUUCCACUCUCCUCGGUCCAUAUUGGGUUGCAGAAACUAUUGAGCCAAAAACAUGUUGAAAUUGGGAGCAAGAGACUAGCUUACCUGUGACCAUUUAAGUUUGAAAAACCUCUGACAACUUUGUAUUGAAACUUUUUUCGUCCACAAUUAAGAGCUGGAUAACUUGACUGCAAAUAGGUCAAAACUUCUCAACUUUUGCCUCUAGAGGGUGCUUCGUGCCUUGGUUAAAAUCACCUUCUAAAUCCAUUAUUCUCAGAUGUUUCAGUAUGGGACAUAGCUGUAAAUUUACUCUAUCUUUUAAGCCCUUUUAACAAGAAAGGCAUGCACAUUUUCAUAAAUUUUAUGGAAGCAAGUUCCAGUGAGUUUUCUACAUCUGAUUUAGGAUUAUAGCCCUAAAGAACAAGAAGAAUGUCACUUAGCUGUCAUUUCUUUUGUAAAGUCUUGCACAAAAUAGGAGUGACCUUUGGCCAGUACAGAAAGCUCUAAGUUGCGCAAAAUGACUGAGCAUCUGACAUUGAAGCCUGUGGGAAGGGAGCACUUUAUCAGUAGCUUGUGUCCUUGCAAACGUUAAGUAUCUUAGUCUGACCUUGUAAAUAAUCCAUACUCCCCCUGCCCUGCCAAUCUUCUGCUCUGUUUGACCAUUCUCCCACCCGUUGCCAAGAUGUUUUACGUGUGCAACACUAAUGCAGCAUCUCUGCUGGUUUGCAAAUCCCUAGCUUCAGCCAGCUAUACUUGGUGCCAGUGCUGGUAUAAUGCUACAUUGUGAUGAAUGAUGGGAAGGUAAGGAAGAUUUUGCACGUGAGAGGAGCACAUGUGAGCUUGAGACUUGCUGCUCUAACCAUGAUUAAGAUACUGGGUUUGUAAUAAGAAAAAAAUUGUGAGUUUGUGUGUAUUAAUUUCAGUGGUACUUGAAAUAUGUGCUUUAGAUUGCAAAGUACUGCAUGUUCCAAAGGAAGGAUUUAUCUAGAAGUUGAUUCAGUUUCGUGUGCAACAUAGUUCUCUGUUCGCAUAAGAUUUGCAGUGUUACUUACCAUAACCAGUAAUGUAACUUGAAAAAGAAAGCAGCUACAUCUGCAUAGAACUAUAGAAUUCUAGGGGUGGAAGGGACCAUUAGGUUCAUCUAGUGCAACCCUCUGCAAUGCAGAGACCUUUUGCCCAACGUGGGCCCAGAACUUUGAGAUUAAGACUCAUGCUCUACUAACUGAGCUAUCGUGGAUUCUGGUACCACUUAAGAAAUGUCUAUCAUAGAAUCAUAGAGUUGGAAUAGACCACAAGGGCCAUCGAGUCCAACCCCCUGCCAAGCAGGAAACACCAUCGGAGCACUCCUGACAUAUGGUUGUCAGGCCUCUGCUUAAAGACCUCCAAAGAAGGAGACUCCACCACACUCCUUGGCAGCAAAUUCCACUGUCGAACAGCUCUUACUGUCAGGAAGUUCUUCCUAAUGUUUAGGUGGAAUCUUCUUUCUUGUAGUUUGGAUCCAUUGCUCCGUGUCCGCUUCUUUGGAGCAGCAGAAAACAACCUUUCUCCCUCCUCUAUAUGACAUCCUUUUAUAUAUUUGAACAUGGCUAUCAUAUCACCCCUUAACCUCCUCUUCUCCAGGCUAAACAUGCCCAGCUCCCUUAGCCGUUCCUCAUAAGGCAUCGUUUCCAGGCCUUUGACCAUUUUGGUUGCCCUCCUCUGGACACGUUCCAGUUUGUCAGUGUACUUAUUGUACUUAUUGGUCCCAAGAUCACCCUGAAAUCAUUUCACUGCAGAGUACAACACUGGUCCCACUAUCGAAAUGCUUGUUUUCUGAAAUCUUAAGUUAUCCGAACACAAAUAAUUAUACUCAAACCUUGUUACACAAACAUAUCUGAACAGACACACUUUGCCUGCUUCCUUACUAGAUUGCGUUUUGUGGCAGACAUUUUUGGCAGAAACCAUGGAGGGUGGGAAAGAGAUCAGACAAAUUCAUGUUUUCUCUCUUUGGCUUUUGCUGAUUAGCUGCAGCAGUUUCAGGCAGAAAGCAUGGAGGGCAAAAGCAUGGAUUAGAUGUUCCCGUAUGAAGUAAUGGGAAAUCAUCAGUUCAUUAUGCAAACACUCUCUUAAUGAAUGAUUUCCUGAGAACGCAUUGUGUUAGGAAAGCAGGUCCUGCAUGUAAUGGUAGGACCAGGCUGUGUCUAGUAAUAGACAAAACCAGCUAUUCACAGGCUGCUUUAUAUCCUUGUCCAUCCCAGUAAAAUUCCCCUAGAAGCUAGAUAACUAAAAGUCUCAUCAGAAUUUCUGUAGUUACAUACAGGUAGUUUCCAAUUUCCAUGUUCUAGAGUGUAUAGGACAGGCUUCCUUAAACUCUGCCCUCCAGAUGUUUUGAGACUACAAUUCCCAUCAUCCCUGACCACUGGUCCUGCUAGCUAGGGAUCAUGGGAGUUGUAGGCCAAAAACAUCUGGAGGGCUGAGUUUGAGGAAGCCUGCUAUAGGAAGUGGAAGAUUGUAUGACUGGAAAAUUUAUUGUGAUAAAGACCUCAUGUGCCUGUUUGCACAUGCUCAAACUCCAGUUCUCCCCUUACUGUUGAAGAUGGAAGAAUUAGAGGUUUUAGUGGCAAAGCCAUUGUACAUUAUAGAAACAAUAAACUUGGCAAUAAUAUUUAAAUUAGACUAAAUGCUUGAUGUUCUCUUUUGCAGUAGUUGAAGUGCUCUCUUUAUCAUCAAGCCUGAAAUGUUGAUAAUUGAGUAAUCCAGUGAGUGAAGUAUUGAUGCUAGAUUGACCUUGCUAUCUUCUGAAUCGUAAUCCAUUUAAAGCAUUGUGAAUUUGCUAUAACAAUAUUAAUUUUAAAACACGGGAAGAAAAUAAAAUACUCCUAAGUAUUAUUUCUGAACCUCAAAGCUGGGAGAGGGAGCAGCAGCAGCAACUAUCCCCCACUGCCUGACCUUCACAGAUGCAUGCAGUACAGCUCUUGGUUUCAUUCUUAAAUUAAAGCAAAUGUCCAUAACCACCUUACUCAGCUUUGUUCCAUUGUGAAUUUAAGAUAGUUUCCUGCAGGGGGCAGUACUUGAGGAAAGUUCUAGAGCAGUGGUUCCCAAUUAGCUAAGUACAGUGGUGCCCCGCAAGACGAAUGCCUCGCAAGACGAAAAACCCGCUAGACGAAAGGGUUUUCCGUUUUUCGAUGCGCUUCGCAAGACGAAUUUCCCUAUGGGCUUGCUUCGCAAGACGAAAACGUCUUGCAAGUCUUGCGAUUUUUUUCGCUCCCCCCCUUUUUCUAAGCCGCUAAUAGCCUUUUAGCCGCUAAGCCUUUAAUAGCCGCUAAACCGCUAAUAGCGCUAAUCCGCUAAGCUGCUAAUAGGGUUGCUUCGCAAGACGAAAAAACCGCUAGACGAAGAGACUCGCGGAACGGAUUAUUUCCGUCUUGCGAGGCACCACUGUACUGCAGACCCCCAAUUUUUCAGACGCCCCAAGCUAUUUGAAAAUUUUGAUACCUCAAUAGUAGUUUUUGUUAUGUGAAUGGUGCCAUGGACCCCCUAGGUAGGUUAAAAUACAUACAAUAAAUAAGAAAUAAAAAAGCAAUAGUAAUACAAUUGAAAAUUAUACAGCAUCUGGCACAGUGCAUUAGUUGCUACAACAGGCAGAAAAUUUACUAAGCAGUCUCCCAAGACCCUCAGCAAUUUCCAAGUGAUCAGGAUGGGGGGGGGGAGUUUGGGAACCACUGUUCUAUAGGAAACAAAAUUAUCUAGCAAUUCCUAAUUGGUGGAUGACGGGUGCCUCACAACAUGUUAGCUCAUCAGUUGUCAGUUUCUCUUACUCUAAUGCAUCUGUAUUUAGUAAAUGGUGAAUACACAAAAAUAGCUUCAAAUGUAUGAAGUGAAGAGUGUUCUGGCAGUUAAUGCUAACCUAGGUCUGUUCAGUUGUGUAUUCAUUUCUGUUGUAUGAAUUUAUCAUUUUUAUUUCUAAGGUUCUUUAAAGAUCCCCAGCAGAAUGAAACUACUUAAGUGGACUUACCUGUUUUUGAACAAAUAACCUGAAAACUAAUUUCCCCCAACAGCUUUGGCAAGCCCCCUCUUACUGCACAGAGAGUGCGCAAAAGGUCCUGAGGUAUGGUGUCAGAACCUGCAGACUGCAUCUCAUUGCAACGCAGUUAAGCAUUGUCGGCAAACUGUUUGGAACAAGCCUACAGUGGUAAGUCCAACUUUUUGAUGUGACAGUAAACUGGAACUAAUUUUUGUUUCCCUGGUAAAUUUAAAUGUUCUAUAAUCCAUGCUUUCUGAACAAAGCAAACAUACCAGCUGACUGAUUAUAUUGGUUUACAACUAAAUAGAGCUUUUGUAAUACUUAGGAUCAGAACCCAAAGCCUUUGGCUAUGCACUUGCAUAUCUUUUGCUUAGAAGGAAAGGGGAGUGAUGACUCGCAAUAUACAUGCAUAUACACUGAACAUGAUAACUUGAGUUGAAAAAAAACUAAGUUCUUAGAACUUUCAAAGACCAAGGACAGGUCAUCACUGAGCAUAACUGUCCCUUUAUGUGAAGGAACACACAAUCUGGCAGGUUUUUGGUGUUAUGCUCCAUGUUAUUAAAUGUGACCCAAUUUCUCUCUCAUCAGCUACAGUUUAUAUUUGACUAAGAACAAAUGUGCCCAUGUACACUUUAAGAGUUUAUUAAAACGGUUCCCUAUUUUAUCCAAACUAGGAAGCUGACUUGGAGAGUAGUGCUUUUGCCGCCUGAUGUAGCCUACAUGAAAUUUAUUGCAGAUUUUUUUUAUAUCUCACAUUUCUUGCCAAUCCCAGGACAGGUCACUGUUGCGAAUUCCUCGGGGCGCUUUUAGCAGAAACGCUCAGAGUCCCAGGGUUUUCCAGUGCAGUCUUUUUAAUGUGAGCUAUAUACAGGUAUUUACAAAAACAGUCCAUACAGAGUACCUGCUCCUUAAGGCAAACGAAUACUCUCCACCACAGCACCACCAUACCACAGCACAGCCACCACAACCACUGUUGAACAGGCUUUCCUUUUAAAACAGGUGAUAGCCAAUCAUAUUCCUGCUGAGUCACUCUGACCCAGCACUUCACAGAGUAUUGCAUCAGCCUGUUGAAGCCUGCAGACUUACUCAGUAUCCUGCGAAUCCCAACAGUCACAAUAACAUAAAAUCACAAAAUAAAACAAUAAUAUUCCAGUAUUUUGUUUACAAGAGACAGGGAUAGCUAAAAUAACACAAUUAAAACAACAAUGUCUCCAACAUUGUCACAGUGCUGCAUAGUGAGUUCAACUGAAUGUAGCAGUGCUGCCAUAUCAUUACCAAUACUGCCAAGAGAUCAGGGAGAAUCUGUUUCACUCCCCUAUCCUUCUCUGACAGAGAUCGUGCAUCACGGUGACCAAGGGUGUUUCAGCCAGAACCCUGGUUAUAAUUGCUCAAAAGAAUCAGUUUCUUCCAAAAGUAUCUGAAGAUGUCCACCACCCUCUUUAGCACCUUGUUUAAAAGGGGGGAUAUUAAUAUAAACUUUGGGUUCCAGGGAAAGCUUCUGAGGUUCUUGAACAAAGAAGUGUUUCACUGCCAUUUGGAUUCACCCAGUCAAUCCCCUUCAGCUUCCUCUUGAAAGCCAUGAUGGAUAAGAGUUGAGGCUAUGUGUGAUUGAACCACAUCCUUGGGUUGCAGCAGCUGAAUUUUCUCCCACGCAACCUGACUAGAUGGUAUUCUAGAUCCUGCUACUGGAACAGUUAUCAGUGGGUGGUGUCAUGUUCCAUGUGAAUGAUGAAUUGUAAUUUCUCUUAAGGGUAAGAGGCAAUACUAGUGUAGUACUGGGCAAUAGUAUGCACAUGUCCUUAUUGAUCAAAGCUGUAUGUUCUCCUCAGAAAAGCAUCCCUUGUGACUUAUGCAAAGAAGUUGUAGCUGUGGCUGGCAAGGUCUUGAAGGACAAUGCCACGGAGGUAAGAGUGGAGCUUCGGUGUGGUCUAAUCUGAUAAAUAAUUUGCAGGAUGCUAGUUCAGUUGAUAAUGCCCCUUGCAUAAAAAUGUACAAAGCAUUACACUUUCUAAAUUGAAAAUUACUCUGUUGAAAUUGAGUGGUGGGGAUAUUGGAUAACAUAUUCACAGAUUAUGAGCCUUUUAGGGACAGAAUUAUUGCAGUGUAUAAAACUUUGAAGUGAGCUGCUCUGAGGCCUUGCAAAGGUGCAGGGAUCAAAGUCAAAUACAAAGUUUAUCCCCCAAAUAGCUUCUUUACUUAAAUUCCAAUUGCAUUAUCAGAUUGUUGAAAUCAAUGUAAAAAACAACCACCUUAUAACUCUACUGGUAGACAAAGGCUACCUGACCUUCCUUGUUAGCGAGGGAGUUACUACUUUUAUUUGGAUUCCACUACAUAAGGAGCUACAGACUGCAAGAGUUGUGCCUUCUAUUCAGGUUUUUAGUGCUAAUUUUAAAAAUUAGCUACAGGUACACUAAUUUUAAUGACCCUCUUUCAUGGUUUGGGAAUCAUUAAGGGUUUCUUUCUGAAAAUGAAAGGUAGGCAAAUCUGUUCAGUCCUUGAGGUUAUAAAUCACCUAUUUUCUGUUACAGGAGGAAAUAAAUGCCUACAUGACUAAAGCAUGUGAGUUUCUUCCUGACCAAGAGCUGGUAUCUCAGUGCAAGGAAAUGGUGGAUGCUUACUUGCCAAAUAUUCUGGAUAUGAUCAAAGAGGAGCUUGUGAGUAGUCUACUGAAAUUGAAGCAAUUUUAUUUUAUUCCAAAUUAAUUGGACAAGCUAAGCGGGUGAACCUAAUACUUCUCUUUUUCAAGCAUUUAGAUGUUGUGUGGUGGGUGAUAAACCUUGAUGGCUAGGGCUAGAAGAAGGGUUAGAUCUGGUAAUAAUAAUUGUGGAGUGGAGCUUAAGCAAGUUCUGGCUGCUUAGUUCCUGUUGUCAUUUCUACUUGAUUCUUGGGGGUCAGGUACUUGUCUGGCAUUUCUUCUUUGGAAUUUAAAGUAGAUAGAAGCAAAUAAACAUGAAGUAUUGUUUGUUGAUCUAUAGGAUAAUCCUGAAGUUGUAUGCAGUGCACUCACGUUGUGCCAGUCUCUUCAGAAGCAUCUGGCAACAUUGAAAUUGCAGAAACAGCUUCAGUCUAACAAGAUUCCUGAACUAGAUUUCUCUGAACUGGCAUCUCCCUUCAUGGCUAAUGUGCCAUUACUACUUUACCCCCAGGACAAACCCAAGCAAGAAUCUCAGGUGAGAAUGUAGCAUGUCAGAUCUUAACUGCAAUGGGACUGUACAACAAAUGGGUUAUUCCCAUGGAUAAUUCUUAACAAAUAUAGCUUGACUGUACUCAAAACUCUGGAAUACAAGCCUGUACAAAAUAAACUUCUUUGGUUUCAGCAUUAGCAGUCUAUGUAGCUGAUGCUUUUGGCAAAGUGUUCUACUGCAUCUGCAAAUUAAAUUAUCCAAACCUUAAUCGGUUUAUCAGCCUGUUUCUUUACCAAAUCAGAAGUAACAAAAUAGACGUUGUAUCAAGACACGUAACUGAGAGGUCAGUUCUUCUCAUGCAGAGUUUUUAUCUUGCUGUACUCUGGAAUAAUAAUGAUACAACCUCUCCAGGACAAAGAUAAUUAUUAUUAAUUAUUAUUUAUACCCCGCCCAUCUGGCUGGGCUUCCCCAGCCACUCUGGGCGGCUUCAAAAAAAAAUAUUAAAAUACUGUACUACAUCAAACAUUAAAAGCCUCCCUAAACAGGGAGAUGUCUUUUAAAAGUCUGGUAGUUGUUGUUAUCUUUGACAUCUGGUGGGAGGGCAUUCCACAGAAGGCCGUCACCUUUCCGGGUCACCUUCAGAGGUAGCCCCACGUAGAGCGCAUUGCAGUAGUCCAAGCGGGAGAUAAGCAGAGCAUGCACCACUCUGGCGAGGCAGUCCGUGGGCAGGUAGGGUCUCAGCCUAUGUACCAGAUGGAGCUGGUAAACAGCUGCCCUGGACACAGAUUUGACCUGUGCCUCCAUGGACAGCUGUGAGUCCAAAAUGACUCCCAGGCUGCGCACCUGGUCCUUCAGGGGUACAGUUACCCCGUUCAGGACCAGGGAGUCCGCCACACCUGCCCACACCCUGUCCCCCAGAAACAGUACUUCUGUCUUGUCAGGAUUCAACCUCAAUCUGUUAGCCGCCAUCCAUCCUCCAACCACCUCCAGACACUCACACAGGACCUUCAUCGCCUUCACUGGUUCUGAUUUAAAAGACCAUAUCAUCAGCUGGGUAUCAUCCGCAUACUGAUGAACACCCAGCCCAAACCCCCUGAUGAUCUCUCCCAGCGGCUGCAUGUAGAUGUUGAAAAGCAUGGGGGAGAGGACAGAACCCUGAGGCACCCCACAAGUGAGAGCCCAGGGGUCUGAACACUCAUCCCCACCACCACUUUCUGAACACGGCCCAGGAGGAAGGAGCGGAACCACUGUAUGACAGUGCCCCCAGCUCCCAGCCCCUCAAGACGGUCCAGAAGGAUGUUAUGGUCGAUGGUAUCAAACGCCACUGAGAGAUCCAGCAGAACUAGGAAACAGCUCUCACCUUUGUCCCUAGCCCGCCGGAGAUCAUCAACCAGUGCGACCAAGGCAGUUUCAGUCCCAUGAUGAGGCCUGAAUCCCAACUAGAAGGGAUCCAAAUGGUCCGCUUCUUCCAGGCGUGCCUGGAGUUGUUCAGCAACCACUCGUUCAAUCACCUUGCCCAAGAAUGGAAGAUUUGAGACUGGGCGAUAGUUGGCCAUCGUGGCCGCACGAAAGAUGGUUUUUUAAGAAGCGGUUUAAUAACCGCCUCUUUCAGCGGCUCUGGAAAGGCUCCCUCACGGAGGAAAGCAUUCACCACCCCACGAAGCCCAUCGCCCAGCCCUUCCCGGCUAGCUUUUAUAAGCCAGGAUGGGCAAGGAUCAAGGAGACAGGUGGUUGGUUUCACUUGUCCAAGCACCCUGUCCACACCCUCGGAAGUAACAGGUUGGAAUUGAUCCCACGCAAUUUGACUAGACAGGACUCUAGCACUCUCCCGCCCCGGCCCUGCUCCCACGGUGGAGUCUACCUCUUCCCGAAUCUGAGCGACUUUAUCUGCAAAAAACUUCGCAAAAUCAUUGCAGGAGAUCAUGUGGCCCAUACUGGGCCCCAAUGUAACAGGUGGUUCCGCUAAAUUGCGAACCACCUGAAAAAGUCUCCUGCUGCUGUUUUCUGCAGAUGCAGUAGAGGCGGUGAAGAAAGUCUUCUUCGCUGUCGCUACCGCCACUUGGUAGGCUCAACAUUGAGCUCUAACCUGUGUCCGGUCAGCUUCAGAAUGAGUUUUCCGCCACCGGUGCUCUAGCCGUCUCAACGAUAGUUUCAUUGCCCUCAGAUCCGUGGAGAACCACGGGGCUGUCCGGGCUCCAUGCAAUCGGAGAGGGCAUUAACGUAACAGGGUAAAAUAUUUAUCGGUCAGCGUUUCACUAAUCCUUUGUUGGUUUAAACAAGUUGAAUGAAUGAGUCUAUAAAGGUAUAUGCUAUGAAUUGAUUUUAAUCAAGAGUCUUUGGCCCAAAAAAGUGACCCAUCCUAUUCUGGGGAGCAAACAUCACUGCUUUUCAGGGCCUCUUGUAUUAGAACUGGUUUAUUGGAGGCCUUUUAGAAUACUAUAUAAAACUUUGUUCAGUUCUUCUUUCAAAGAUGUAAUCUUACUAAGGUGUGCUAAAUGCUUGUCAUUGCAGGGAAAUGACAAUGUGUGUCAAGAUUGUGUUAAGCUGAUAACUGACCUUCAGGAAGCCGUGAGGACCAACUCAACCUUUGUGACUUCUCUCAUUGAGCAUGCCAAAGAAGAGUGUGAACAAAUUGAACCUGCGUUUGCUGAUCUGGUAAUUGAAUAGAUAUGGUUAUGUUUAUCUUGUGUCAGUGGGAUAAGUGCUACAGUAAAGUAACGAUUCGAUUUUUAAUGCCAUUUUUAAAGACUAAGCAGUCACUUUUCUGAGGUAAUAGUAAAGCUUAAAAGUCUUCUUCCACAGUGGCUCUAAACUCACACUAUUUAAGCUCUAAUUUUGCCCUAUUUGGCAAGCCUGUGGGAAAAGUAGAAACAGGGAGACCAAGUUCAAAUCCCAACUUGGUUAUGAUGCUCCCUUGGUGACAUUGCCAAGAUCACCAUCUCUGUUUACUCAUUCUUGCAACAAACUUGAGAGAUAAAAGGAGGGGAUGUUUGCAUCCGUGAGUUCCUCUGAUAAAGGAUUGGAUCAGAAGGCAAUUUGUUGUAACAUAAGGCAAAUGACUUAUUUUAGGAACAGUAUAGUGGCUUAGAUGAUAUUGUAUAUAUGAUACUGUUUACAUUCCAUCUCAAAUCAUCUUCUCUUUCUAAUAGUGCAAGUCCUACAUCUCCCAGUAUUCAGACUUAGCCAUCCAGAUGUUGAUGCAUAUGGUAAGAGGAAUAUUGUUUGUUAAUAAUUGCACUUCUAGUUCUGAAGGGGUCAUUCUAAUAGGUGUGAUGUGAGGAUUAAUACAGUAAAUGUAUAGGAUAACCAUGAUAGUUUGACAGUGUCAUAAUUGAAGUUUCUCGCUUGCAGUGGUUCUCAACCUUGGCUCCCCACAUGUUGUUGGACUACAACUCCCAAUAUCCCUGAACUAUGGCCUUGCUAGCUAGGGAUGAUGGGAGUUGUAGUUCAACAUUUGGGGACCAAAGGUUGAGAAAGGCUGCUUUAGAGGCUGAAUCUAAGCUGCUGCUUACAGCAGAAUACUUGCUUGUUAAAUGACCAUUUUCUUUAAAGUGUGUUACCCAACCAUGUGCAAUCAUUUUUGUAUUAACAAAAGUUAAGUGAAAGAUACUGAAGCUCCACCUCAGUUUAUGGCAGCAAAGAUAAAUAGCACUUAGAUUCAUUACUGUUUAUUUUAUCUGCACUUGGGCAUUUUCCAUACUACUUUCAAUGACCCAAGUAUCAAAAAAUGAAUAAAUGUUGACUUUUAAGCAUAGCAAAACAAACAAAACAAAUCUCACCCAGGAUUCAGUCCCUGGCAAGAUUUCCUGCCUCUGAAAAUCUGUGCACCAUUCAACUGCCUGGUUAUUUUCCUGUUAACUUACCAUGUCUUCCUUUCUCUCCAUUUUGUCAACAGCAGGAACAGGUAUGUGAGAAACUUGCUUGUGGUGGUGCCUUGCUUCUCUCCCUGCCCCCUGCCCCCUGCCCCCUGAAGCUGUAGUUUAUAAACUCUUGCUUAGAGGUAGAUGUGGUGUGACAGAAUUCAGCUUUGACAGAUUCAAGGACCAGACAGUGGCUUUGGAAAAAUAGUAAUUCCAAGUGCCGAAUGAAAUUUCAUCUUGGCUAUUCUGAACCAAAAGGGAGUCCCAAUUUGUAUUAUCUUCCGAUGUGUAUUUUAGUAAUGGAGCUUCAGAGGGCCCCAUGAAACUCAUAUACUCUGCUUCAUAGGGUACUACAGUGAAUGGGGCUUUUGGAACUCCAUAAUGUUCUUUGGGCAUAGCUGUUAAGUAACAUUUCUAGGAAGACCUUGCGCCUGUCAUAGUUUAGUGGCAAUAUGUGUUGCAUGUGUAGUGCUGGUUCUAGUAUUGUAUUUGAGUGCAUGAACGAGGGAAACACGAGGUGAGGGCGGAAUGGGGAGAGGAAAGGUUCUUCCAUAUCUAACAAUCGUGCUGAAUUUUUUCUCCCCUGGCAUAUCUGCUCUUGCAUGAGAAUUCUUUGGGCAACAGACUUUAAAAUGCUGAAGCUUAUAUGCCUUGCUUUAUGGUAGCUUAGUUCUGAAGGAAAAGUGCAUGCUACUACUUGAUGUCCAGCUUACAAAAGGAAAGAGAAAAUACCUGGUUUUGCCUGUGUUUAGAAAUAGGGAGGACUUUCUCCAUCAAAGGCUGUCUGGGUGGAAACACCCAUACUAGGUAACAAAGCUUAAUCUGUAGCAGGGAAAGCUUCUGCAGUACUUUCUGUUUAUAAAAGCAUGAUUUUAGAAUCACCAGGUGCUGUAGCUGUAUAGUAUUUGCAACUUAAUGGACCAGUCCAUAUGUUAUACUAAACCAUGGCUACUGCGACAGAAACAAGCUGCAGCAAGCCUUGGGCUUCUGAAUAUUAUAUCCCACCCGCCUGUGACAUGGCUGUGAGGAAGAGAUAGGAAACUCUUGCUUCUGGUUCUGAUUUUUUGUUUGUUUGUUUGUUUGUCCAAACCAAGCUUGUGUUAAGAUGGUUUGUUUCAACAUUACUGUAACUGAGAUUAACCUGAUUUUGGACAUAAUGCAUAACCACAGUUUCCAUCUCCUUUUCUUGGCUGUGCUAGAAGGAGUAUGUUAGCCCAAGGUUAACUGCGAUUUGUUUCUAUCAUACUAAGCUGUGGUUUAUUGUGAAGUCCAAACAAACUCACCCUCUCUUAAACAAUAUUCAGUUUGUCCUCAGAGAAGCAGGAUGCUGGCAUAACUCUUGGAAAAGGUGUAGAAAUGUUCUUAAUUUCUGUUAAUUUAGCUAUAUAUGAUGUAUAUUCCAAUAUCUUGGUACACGUUCUUUUUCAAAUGGCAAGCAACUUGCACUGUUUUCCUCAUAUUUAAAAGACCAGUGGUCAAAGUGAACUAAAAGUAACUGCCACUAAUUAAAUAGCAUAUUCCAUUUGAAUAUGCUCAGUAGCGUACUGCAGCGGAGAAGGAAUGGAAUGCAAAGAAGGAGGGUGUUCCUGGGGCAAAGGAAGUACCUUAUGAAAGAUUUAUAUAAUUAAACAAGUAAACUAAUGGAACAAGUAUUUUCUAUAAGGUAUAAAACUUGCAGUGGUUAUGGUAGUUGAGCAUGGUAUAAAUUUUGCAAUAUCUGUAACAGUCUGCAUGCAGAUGCACUGAACAGUAAAUUGCACGUAGGAAAGCUUGUGUCUUUCAGAUACAGAUAAUAUCUUAUUUGAGUUCAGAAAAAGAAUUCAAAUUGUCCAAAUGCAAUUUUGGUUUUAUCAAUGGCUGGAUCUUGUUCUUUUGUGUGGAAAUGUGAAUUGGCUACUACAAAACAGUUUAAUGCGAACUGCUAAUUAGUGUCAUCCUAGAAACACAUAUUUAUGCCUCCUGAAACUGGGCAUAAAUAUGGUAUCCAGCAAAGUGCCUUUUAGAGAAUCAGUAAUUCACUGGCACACCCAAGUUUUUCUUGAGUACUGCUUAAAUGUAGCAUCAUGAGGUAUGUUGAGCAAAGAAAGCAUUGCAUUGACUGUGUAUCUGCUCUCCUUUGGAUUGCCAUUCUAAAGCAUUCAGCUUUGAGGAAGAAAAUCUUGUCUCUAGUCAACUUUUAAGCAUUUUGCGCUGUGGUCUAAACCUUGCCAAUCAGAAGGUCGGCGGUUUGAAUCCCCGCAACAGGGUGAGCUCCUGUUGCUCGGUCCCAGCUCCUGCCAACCUAGCAGUUCGAAAGCAUGUCAAACUGCAAGUAGAUAAAUAGGUACCGCUCCGGCGGGAAGGUAAACGGUGUUUCCGUGCGCUGCUCUGGUUCGCCAGAAGCGGCUUAGUCAUGCUGGCCACAUGACCCGGAAGCUGUACUCCGGCUCCCUUGGCCAAUAAAGUGAGAUGAGCGCCGCAACCCCAGAGUUGUCCUCGACUGGACCUAACAGUCAGGGGUCCAUUUACCUUUACCUUUACAGUUGAAUUACUAAAGGCAGUUCAAUUAUUGGAGAAAUUCAAACUGAAAGCUCAAGUACAGCCGUACCUCUUGUUACGUCAGUCUCCGGUUGCAUUUUUUCAGGAUACAAACGCGGCAAACCCGGAAGUGUAUACUUCAGUUCAUGUGCAGAAGCACUCUAUCGCGCCACGUGCAUGCGCAGAAGUGGCACUCUAGUUGCAGACUUUUCGGGGUGCAAACGGCACCCCGGAAUGGAUCGAGUCCGUAACUAGAGGUAUCACUGUAGUAUCAUCUGAAAGGCAUUUGAAACUCCUUUCACAGCUUUAGUGUGUGGUGUGCUAAGACUUGACUAGUUCUCCUUCCUGCAGACUAUCAGGAAAUAAUUGGAACUGUUCUUUAUGUCUCCAGCAACCCCAGGUUCUUUGUGGCAUGGUUGGAUUGUGUUCUUCUCUGAAAUCUGUGCCUCUCCAGACUCUGGUACCUGCAAAAGUUAUCUCUCAAGAAAAGGUAGAACCAGUUGAGGUAAGAUUUGGUGUUAAGCAGUCUAUAUAGUACUCUUGGUGUGGGAUGACAUUAUCUGGUUCAGCCUUGAUGCCACUAAUGUCAUCCAGUAGAUUCUUGCCAUCAUAACCAGUGGUCGGCAAGGUUUACCUUGCCUGGGCUGGUUCACUCCAGCGGAGAUCCCUCUGUGGGCCGGAUUGCAUGUGUACAUGAGUGCACCCGCCUGCGAUUGUCUGCGUCUGCGCAGACACAAUUUCCGGCACUGCGGAAGUGAGUCCCCACGCCACGCUGGUUUAGCGCAACACACGGGGAUUCGCCAAGCAGGCGGCUCAGUUCAGGGGCGGCUCGGGGGCCGGUUAAACAACCCCUCUGGGCCACUUGGGAUCAUAACGCUUACUACAAUAUUCAAGGAAGCAUGUGGCUAAUGCAUACCUAGAUGAAUCCAGCUCUCCAUGCACUUCUCGGCCUGUCAAACCCGCAGUUCAAUUGGAAGAAAAGUUCUGGUUUCUAGGCACCAGAACCAUGCUAUAUAGCUCCAGCCACCAAACUUAAUUAUUUUGUCUAUGUGCUCCUUAACCAAAGCCUGAAUACAUAUGUUUAUUUGUAUGGCAAAUACAGGUAAAUAACAAAAAUAUUCAGCCUUAGCAUUGUUUUACUAUAGUUAUGAAGGCUUCUGCAGGCACUUAAGAUUAUAUUUUUCCAUAAUAGUUAGCUGAUUUCUGAUUUUAAAUAUUUAUAUUGUUUUUUAUGGUAUGGCUUUCUAUAUGACUGUUUUAAUACAUAACUUAUGAAUAGUGGUGCAUACAUAAUUUCAUAAAUAAAACAUGUAGGCAGAUACAAUUGCUUUGUUUAUACCAUCACUUGACAAAGAAAACCAUAGUAGGGGAGGAACCAUAGUUCAGAGGUGAAAGAGCACAUAUUUUGUAUGGAAGAAUGUUCCAUUUUCAAGCCCUGCAUAGACCUUUAGAAGGGGUCAGGUAGAGGUGAUGGCAAACACCUCAGCCUGAGACCUUGGAGGACUCUUGCCUGGCUGAGUAAAUCUAAACUCAAUGGCAUUAUAAUCUGACCAGGUAUGAGGCGGCUUACUGGGAAAUGGAUUAGUGAUUUUGAUAACUGAGUGUUAUUUAAAUUGCCUGGAAUUUGUUUGUUCUUCCCCUCUCGGCACAAGCAGUUCCUGCUGGAUGGCAAAAUUGUGCUCUGUCUUCUCCCUCCCUGCCAUAUAUACCUGGGCUUUUUUGGAUUCCAUCCACAUGCUAUAGUUGAAUAGCUUGGGACCAUCACCCUAAGCCCCUUGUCUCUGCACAUAUAAUUCUGUAGUGGAGGGAGAAAAUAAAAAAUUGUGUUAGUCUUCUGCCUUUCCACAAGUAACAAUUGGUACUCACUAAGCAAAUUUUUUUUUGUUGUAUGGGAAGAAAAGUAAAAGUCUAGAUUGUCUAGUACUCAAAAGCAUUCACAAUUUGCCACAGCUAAGCAUGCCGCCUUAAAUGUUAGCCUCAAAUAUUGGAUGCUGUCCAUAGCAUUUAAAAGUUACGGAUUUCAUUUACGGAAUUGCACAGACUUUAGUCGAUAGUAGAACCUGAAAAUAAUACAAUUUAGGUUAUUUUUUUCAGAGAUAAGCAGUGGGACAAAUACAAAGGAUUUAUGCAAAUGUAAUUUUAAAGAUUCAUGUAUUCUGUAAACUCAAGCGGACUUCGAACCAAAAGUCAUACCACAUUUCAUGUUUUUGUAGCUGGUGGUCUUCUAGAUGUGUUAGAUGUUUGAAUGUUUUCUGAACUGCUGUAUAUGUUACUUAUUCCAAUAUACAGAAUAGCUUGAGUCAAACAGAAUCUUUCUCUCUGUGUGAUGCAUGUACGAUAAUGGUAGAAGAGGUGGCCAGCCUUCUGGAAAGCAAUAAGACAGAGGUGUGUAUCUUUUACCUACGUAUCUCUUAGGAUAGGGACACUAAAUACCUUUUCCCCUAAAUACAUCUUGCUAUCUAGGUGCUGUUUGCUUUGAUUGUUAAAGAAGUGUUAGUAUCAUAGCAAUAGUAUGCCUAGGUUUUUAUAGCAUAACUUCAUAUUAUGCUUACACGAUGUCUGAGUUUUUCCAACUUCUUACAGAUAGUAUUUGAUGAAUCAGAGUCCACAUUUUCCUUUGUUACGGUUUUGUGUAAUCCACAUUAAAUAGCUGUGUGCCACACUGAAAGGAAUUAAGAGAGUGGAAUAAUAAAUAGGAGAGGUAUUGAUAUCUCUUUGCUAAAAUAAUGUAUUAACUUGCUCAACACAAAUAGCUUCAGAUUCUAACUUGGUAAGUAGAUGGUGUCCCUUUACAAUCUCUGUAACUAUUAUCAAGAAAGUUACUUUACUUAACAUUUUCAUUUUGUAUGUACUAGGAGGAGAUGGUUUAUGGAAUGGAGAAAGUCUGUUCUGUGCUACCUGAAAAAUACCGACAAGAGUGCAAGGACUUUGUGGAUGUCUAUGGGAAGUCUAUAAUUGACAUGCUUUUGGAAGCAACUGAUCCUAAAAUGGUGUGUGUGAUGUUGAGGUGUUGCUCAGACAAUACUUUGCCUGCUGGUAAGAACUUAAGGAAACAAGUACUCUACACUAAGCACUCCUACAUGUUUUUAGUUGGCGCCAUACGGGUUUUUUUUCUUUUCAGUAUUGCAUAUUUUAGUUAAGUGGCUAUAGGAAAAAACUUUGAACAUUGGACUCUUCUUGUAUUUUCAGAAAAAAUUGUUCCAGUGCAGCCGCAGGUUGGGGACAUCUGUGAUGUCUGCAAGAUGAUUGUUGCAUAUGCUGACAAGGAAUUGGCAAAAAAUGCUACCACUGCUGAAAUUGAAGAUUUUCUGGAAAGAGUCUGCCACUACUUGCCGGCGUCUGUCAGUGACCAGGUAAAAUAGAUAAUUAGUAUUAGACACACCUGUAUUUAAAGCUUAAAACGUUAUGUGUGACUAGUGAGCAACAUUGGCUUCUGCUCUAAUCUUCUGGUUGUAUGUUGUAACCAUGCAAGGCUUGACACAUGAGCACAAGACAUACUAGGUACUGUGAUCUAUUGUAUUUCCCUUGCCUGUUGCAUUAUUUCUUUCCUCUGUGAGAAGGAGCAGAGCACUAGCCUCCUGGUGACCUGGCAGAAUUAAUCUUUCUCCUCCAGUGCCUUAUUAACUAGUCCUUAACUGGGGUGGGAUGCUGAUUUGAGUGGCUAGUGGUCUUAUUUCUCUCUCCUUCCCCAUCCCCUAUGAGAUGUUUACGUGGAGUUUCACCAGCCUAAACCACAGAAAUAACUUACUGUCUGCUUAGCUAGCAUAUGCAACUGUUUGAGCAUUAAGAGCACAGCAUAUUGUCAGCUGUGCGGGGUGGAGGAUCAAAAACGCAUAAGCAACAGGAAUGCUGAAGGAUGCACAGAGGAGUGCAUCUCAAACAGCCACAAAGAAUACAAUCACUUCAGUGUUUCACAGUAAGUUGCUGGCACAUUGAACUUAGCACAUUGUAGACCUGCAGUCAAAGAAAGGAAGAGCAAACAUUUCUGCAAAUCCCUUGUAAAACAAGACAGGUUGCUGUACCCACAGUUUAUUGCAACUGACUAGGAAGCUGUAGUUGCUUGCAUUGCGUAAGUGUAGCGCAGUGGCAACCUCUGUCCUAUCCGUUCAUUGAGUUUUUCUUGGCGAGAGCAGUCAUGUGAGGACUCUGAGAUCCAAAACAAAACCGGAUGUGGACCAUGGGUCAAAUCAUUUACCCCAUGAUGUAUUACAUUAAAAGUCAUUUGCCACAGUUGCUUUUCAUGCCAGCAACAAAAAAUGCUUAUCUGCAUUUAAAUGUAAAGGGGCACAUGUGAAACACAGGGAUGUAUGCUCUUACUUGUAUCGGUUAACCCCUUGAGCUGUUGAAAUGAGUAGGACACUUGUCCCUUCCUAUAGGUGAUGUGUUGGCUCCCAUUCAGCAUUGACUUUAUCAUGGACAGAAUCCGUGGAUCCAACUUUAUAGUGGGCAUGAGUAGAAUGAUCCAUUAUUCCCCAGAUUAUUCUGUUCAUAGCAGCCUGGGUUAAUAUUGUUAAUAAAUUCACAGUGAAGGUGCAUAUUUUGGCAAUUAAAUUACCACCUGGCAAAUUGAUUUAAUGUUUGUACUAAAAACCUGUCAGUAACACAUUCAUAGUUAACAUUCAGAUAGUGCAUACAAACCAUGGGAUGCGGUGGAGGGACAUGCUUCAGUGCACUUUUCUAUGGGAAUAGUAGGUCUAGAAUGGAAAAAGAGGUGUCCACAAUAGUUGAUAUACUGGUGCUACCAGCGUUGUGUAAAUCACCUCUAAUGUCUCAUUCUUUGGUAAUGCUAACAGUGUAAGUCCCAGUCACCAAAUGACUUGAAUUGUAUAUUGCAAGUCCAUCUGAAUUUACAAGCUAUGUGUGUUGUGUAUGCCCUGCUUUGGGAGCCUGUGGCCAAAAGCAGCAUGGACAAAUAAAUGUAUAAUGUGUGUACAAUAGUAAAAAACACAGUAGGUAGUAUUCAAAGCCUUUGUUCUAUUUGCACAAGGACUUGUGCACUGGGAUUUCCUCUCCCUGUGUGUCUCCGCAUGCCCCGUAUAGCUGUUCUGGGGCUUAUCCCAGACCUCUUGUGUAGAUUUGGGGAGGGGGAGAGUUCACUGCACAAACAGAAGUCAUUGCAUUAAGUGAAAGAGUAAACUGGAUACCUCCCAAUAGGUAGUAUUCAGCCAAGUUAAUAAUUUACAUUGAUCAUUUCAGGGGAAUCUAGUGCAGGGGUCUGCAAGGUUUACCUCGCCUGGGCCAGUUCACUCCAGCAGAGAUCCCUCCAUGGGCCGGAUCAUGUACUUUCCGGCACCUGCGCAGAUGCAAUUACCGUUGCCGCAGAAGCGAGUCCCCUCGCGCUGUGCUAAACUGGCACAGUGCGGCGCAGGGACUCGCCAAGUUGGCGGCUCGAUUUGGGGGUGGCUCGUGGGCCGGUUAAAUGACCCCUGAUCUAGUGCAUACUAAAAUCUUCCACUGAAACUACUGAGUUUUGCAUAUAUUAACUUCAGUUGAGUUGCAUUCAGUGCAAAGAAGUGGCUUUAGUUCCUUACUGUUUUUUAAAAUCAUAUCCUUGAUUAAUUAGCAGGGGCUCGGGUCACAUAAUCUUUACUUUUCCUUUGUUUAUCAACAGUGUGUUCAGUUUGUGGAGCAAUAUGAGCCAAUGGUUGUGCAGCUAUUGGCAGAAAUGAUGGAUCCCACUUUUGUGUGUAGUGUAAGUACCACAGCUAGUAUGGCUGUUCAUAUGUAAAGCUGAUUGAUACAUUAAUCCAUGGGAUGAUACCCAGCUAGGACAUUGUCUGAGAACAAUCUUUGAAAGUCCUUUGAUUUUAAUGGGUCUGCUCGGUCCUAGUGAAACUUGACACUUUUAUCUUGGGAAGUUAUAUGUGGCUUGUAAGAACUACUGGGAAGAACUAAUCUAUGUUUUUAUCAAAAUGGAAAUUGGAGCUGCAAUUAAUUGUCCAUCUUGCAGAAACUUGGAGUUUGUGUGACAUCAUCACAUUCCAUUUUGGGAUCAGACGUAUGUGUCCGGGGACCUGGUUAUUGGUGUAAGAACAUGGAAACUGCAGCCCAGUGCAAUGUGAGUAAAUGAGAUGUUGGCAUACUUUUAUAUUCCUGUGGGUUUCCCAAUAUUUCUGGCAUCAGCUAUGCUAGAAUAAUGACCUAAUGAAAUUUUUUAGCCAUGUUGUUAAUAUUGUGGGAAUUGAGUUCACUCUGACCUUGCCUUGAACCUCUCUUUCUUUCUCUCCUAGGCUGUUGAACACUGCAAACGUCACGUGUGGAACUAGAAGAGGCGCACUGGCUUUAGCCAAAACUUUCGUUCUUGAAGAAAAUGAGGCGAGCAUUAGGCUGGCAAGAAUGAAACCUUGGUAUCCUGAUCUCUCCUCCUCUCCGCUUGACCCCCACCUCCAUUGAAGUUCCUUUUUAUGAAUUUUCUGGUAGCCGUGCUACUACCCUGGAAGGAUCCACAACGUUGACUUAAUUGGAGUUUUAGUUGUUUAUGAUCUGUAAGAAUAAACAGUAAAUCAUCAAUGUUGAUCAAUUGGCCUGAGUGCCUUUGAGAAGGAGUGCUUACAGUAUGUAAGUAAACGAAGGACACCACUGCUAUAUCUGGAUAUUAAACAUAACGACUAAUUUUUAACGUCGCUCUUUUUGGUGACUGGCUUGCUAGAAUAUGUGUCUUUAAUGCUGUUCAUUAAAACACCUGUUGAAACUAUAUCCACUUGCUUUACAGUUGAUUGGUUGAGGAAUUCCUUAAAUUCUUUGGGCUGGGGCACAGCUGCAUAACCCACACAGGAAUACAUUUCCUUCCACAGAAAUAGUCCAAAGAUGGAAUGUGAAUAUGCCCAUGGCUUUUGUGCAGCUAUGGCUCUUAAGUCUUGAGACCAUCAUGGAAUUCAUUAGUGUGUUGCCAGAGUUGUGUUCUCAUUAAGUAGAUGGCUGAUAGCCCAUGUAGUUAAUACGGAGUGUUGAAUUCAGAGCCUAUGGAGCAGGCAAUACCAGUUGCUACUAUGCUUUACUCAACCCAGCUUUACUCAACAGGUGUUCAGGAUAGGUGCAACACAUUUUUAAAAUAAAUAAAACUACUUUGGCUGCUUUGGGGUGGGGGGGAAUAUAAAACUAAAAAGUUGCCACAAGACUGGAAAAUCAAGCUGUGUACCUAGUGUGCUUUGACUGACAAUUGCAAUGCAUGAAACUAGCUCCCUAGAUGAGGACAGACUUGCCACUCUGUUUUUUGUAGGAAGAGUGUCUGAAUGUAAAAUUCAGAGGAACCUUGGCAAAGUGGUAUUGAUAGUGUGGUUUGGAAAAAGUCGUAUUUUUUCAUUUGGGUUUUGGAAAAGCAGAUCAUUUUUUUAGUGUUGCCAUCUAUCAUUCUGCAGUGCUGCUGCUAUCUUGCACACUGCAGCUAUUUGCAUGACUAGACAUUCUCCUAGAUAGUGAUAGCGCUAAGUUCAGAAUAUUUAGCCACAAAAUGUCAUGUGAUAAUAGUAUGCAUAAUGACAUUUGGUUGAGGACACCUGGUAUGUGUGGACAGAGAUGGCUCAUGAAGCCAGUGAUGGUAAUCCAAGGCCUAGAUUGCAGAUGGUGCCAUUUUCUAGUUUGUUUGUAGCUUCAAUAUAUUUUUCCAAGUUUCAUCCAAGCAGGUCAACUUAAAAGCUGAAGAACAGUACUUGGUGGAGGGGUGAGGACUAUCCAUUACACUUAGUGCCCCAUAACUCUUGAAUGCAUAGUUUUCUAAACAAUUUAUUCAAGGUAGAAGAUGGUAAAUGGAAAUUUUAAAAUUCAAUCUCUUUAGGGUUUUUUCGUUUUAGCGUGUUAAAUGUAGGCACACAAGAUCUUUGAAACUGUUUAGUAUAACAAUUGGUUUGGAAUGGAGAGCAAACUAAUUUUAAUGGCAGGAAACUAAUUGUUCAAAGUAAGCUGUUGACAAUUUUCAUGCAGCUUUAUUUUAUACAUCCUAGAUGUAUUGAGGGCAUUGUCUUGAUUUUUAUCCAACAGAUGUUUAUGUCUGCUCUUUGGCUCCAAGUUCUUGCUACUUGAAAAUGAAUAUACAAUUCAAAACAGCUGUUGUGUUUUGUUUUAAUCUUACUGCAGAUGUUGAUGCUGGCAUUUGCUUAAUGAUCUCAUGCACUGAUAUAGGGUGAAUAUUUGCUGCCUCUUAGUAAUGACCUUUCUUCCUUGGAGGUUGUCAGAUUUUAACGCAGGGCUGCGUAGUGCAGUUGGAAGUAGACACAAUUUUUUUUUUAUUUUGGCUUGAAUUUCUAAAAUGUGUGGAUCUCAUAGAAGGUGAUUCUGUAAUGGACAAGAAGUCUCUCAGAACUGGGAUCUUUCUUCUUUUUGUGUGUUCUAACAUACUACAUGUUUUCGUUCUAGUGGCAUAAACCUUUCUACCUUCUAGGUAUAAACUGGGGAAAAACAAGAAAAUGCUUUAAUAAACCACUUUUUCCAUUAAAGCUUCUGUAAUUCAAAAUAAAAGUCUUAACUAAAUAAGUCAGCUGUGUGUCUUUUUAAAGAACUGUAACUUUGAAGUUGGUGAGGCCUUGAACGAGGUCCUGAUUGAAGGCAACCUAUUAGUGUGCUCCUUAGUGUACUGUAGUAAACUUUGGAAGUUUCUAGGGUUGCCUAAAUAAAUAAAUGUAUAAAUUUUUAAAAAAAGAUUUCGCCAUUCAUUGAUAAAAGAAACUAUUCUAAACAGAAAAUAGUAAUU